AUGGCAGACCCUAAAGAGGACGAGAUCAAGGAUAUUCUCGAAGACGUGGAUCUUCAUCAAUUCAUUUUGAAUGAUCAACUGGAAAACACGCCGGACGAUGUGGAGGCAAUCGCGGAGACACGCGACACCCUCAAAAAGUUGCAGGCUACGCUCUCGGGUCUUCUUGGAGAGGUUGCUCCAAGUUCUCCACCACCCGGUGGCCACUCUGCCACCCAGCCUGCAACUCCAGAGUUUUCUCAAGUGACAUCCCACACUCCCCCUAGGUCGGAAAAGCCUUUGUCAGUCCCAAGCUCGUAUUGGCCUUCGUCAGCUCCGUCACCCUUUGGCUUCCAGCCCAGUGCUCAUCCCGGGCCAUCUUUGCCACCGAUAUCAUCAUUCAAUUCUGGCGAAGGGUCUCGUAAACGGCCACGGGAGGGGUCGCUCGGAUCUCUCGGCUCACAGCAGCCUUCAAAGAAGGCAAUUGUGGACAACUCUAGGAAUCGCAUCCAAGCAAUUGAGGCAAAGCUUAUUCGAGACUUGGAAGCCAACCGCCAACGUUAUGCUAACAUGAGAACGACUGAGGAGAUUCGGAAUGCUGCUAGACACGAGGGCAUUUCUGAGGAACAAUUCCUUCACGAAUCUAUCGAGGAGGAGCUUGAGAAUGAGAAAAUCAUUCGUUCAAUAAGUCAGACCGAGAAAGAUGAGGAAUAUGCUCGCAUGAUUCAGGCUCAGGAUGACGAGGAAGUUCAACCGCUUUCGCAUCCGAGCUUUGCUAUUCCUGACCGGACCUUGCCGCGGCCUCCCUCCCUGCCCUUACCCCCCUAUCGGACGUACGGAAACGACUAUCGCUCACCCCAUACAGAAAUAGUGGACUCAGAUGAAGAUAUUCAAGAAAUUACACCCGAAUAUUUCAACUCGGUACAAGGGUACCCUCCCCGCCCGCCGUCUCACUUGCCGGCGCAGGCCCACCCGUAUCAGAUACCCUAUUUGUCACCACAUAAGGGUUUUCCGGGAAUGCCUCCUGCCAUGCCGGGACGAUAUCCACAGAUGCCGCAUGGGUAUCUUCCAGCUUCUGCUGCCAUGCAAAUGGGUAUGGGUCCACUCUCCCAUAUGUCCCCUAGACGCCUUCCAUGGAUGCAGAACCCACACCUCGAAACGAAGGCCUUUGACCUUAUCCGUGAACAGCAGGACUUGGAGGAAGAUGCCAUUGAUUUCGAAAUGUAUAAGGAGGCGGAUUUUCCCGAUGACAUCAAGAACUUGCUCACGGGCAUCAAGGACAUAAAAAAUGCGACAAAGGCAGAUAAUGAUGAUACACCCCCAGAGCUGAAAGUGACAUUGAUGAAGCAUCAAAAGGUCGGUCUGGCCUGGCUGAAGGCAAAGGAAGAGAGCAAUCACAAGGGUGGCGUUCUCGCAGACGACAUGGGUCUUGGAAAGACCAUCCAGACAAUCGCACUUAUGGUCGCUCGCCCGCCCACAGAUCCUGAUCGCCACCCGUCUCUGAUCAUUGCUCCAAAAGCCCUGAUGGAUCAGUGGAGGCUUGAGAUUGGCAGACAUAUCAAGCCUGGCAAUUCUCAAUUGUCAGUAUUCAUCUUUCACGGACUAAAUCGUCAGGUGCCGUGGAGGGAUCUCCGAAAUUACGAUGUAAUCAUCACGACAUUCGGUACUUUGACCGCCAACCACAAAAUCCUACUACACGCGGAAAAACUCCAGUCCGAAGGAAAGGACGCGAGUAUCGUGAAACAGGUUCGCGACGGGGCGGUGCUCUUUAGCUCAGCGAGUAAAUGGCAUCGCGUCAUCCUCGACGAAGCCCAGAACGUUAAGAACCCAAAUGCCAAAUCGACGAGGGCCUGCUGCAGGCUCGAUGCCACUUACCGAUGGUGCUUGACCGGAACUCCGAUGAUGAAUCGGCUCGAAGACUUCCAAUCUUUACUGGGAUUCCUCCGGAUCCGCCCUUAUAAUAACAAGGAGAAGUUCAAACGGGACUUUAUUCGACCUAUCAAGAACGGGUGGGGAGAAGAGAAUGUCAUGAAACAACUCCGCGUCCUUGUCAAGUCUGUCUGUUUGCGUCGUACAAAGAAGACCAAGAUUGACGGACAGCCGAUCUUGCAGCUUCCGCCAAAGGUCAUUGAGAAGAUCCAUGUUGUCUUCAACGAAGACGAGAAGGGCUUGUAUGAUGAACUCAACUCCGAUUCCCAGAACCAGAUUCGCAAGUACCUGAAUGCAGGUACACUGGGUAAGAACUACAGUCAUGUACUGGUUCUUCUUCUUCGGCUCAGACAGGCCUGCGAUCAUCCUCUGUUGAUCCAGGGCUUUGCUGAGAACUCAACAGUCGUACAAGGCGUGGAUCUAGUUGCCAAUGCUAAGCUCCUUGAUGCUCAGACAGUGGACCGGAUCAAAAAUAACAAGGAUGAUGAUGAUGGCACUUGCCCUAUCUGCAUGGACAGUGUCGAAAACUCAGUCAUCUAUAUCCCAUGUGGACACUCCCUAUGUUCGGAGUGUUUUGCUAAAAUUUCUGAUCCUGCAACGCUUGCCCACCAAGAUUCGGCCUCUGGUAUGGUCAAGUGCCAAAACUGCCGUGGUACUGUUGAUCCCACCAAGGUCACGGACGCCGCAUCUUUCAAUAAGGCCCACGGCGCAGGUGCUGAAUCACCUACACCCGAGGAAUCCGAGCAUUCUGAGGACACCGACUCUGAGUACGAUUCAGAUACCGAGACCGAUGGGUCAGGCAAAAAGCGCAAGAAGAAAUCUCUGGCAGAACUGCGUACUGCGGCCCAGCGGAACAAGGCUGAAAAACGAAAGUAUUUCCGUCGUCUGGAGAAAAACUGGACACCCAGCGCCAAAAUCACUAAGGCCAUCGAUAUCCUUCAGGCAAAUGAAGACCGCGGCUCUGAUGAAAAGACCAUCAUCUUUAGUCAGUUCACCACGCUUCUUGACCUUCUCGAAGUUCCUAUCGCCCGUCGGGGAUGGGGAUGGGUACGAUUCGACGGUACCAUGAAUGUCCAUGACCGUAACGCCGCUGUGGCCACAUUCACCGAUAAGCCGGAUUGCAAAAUCAUGCUUGUCUCCCUCAAGGCUGGUAACGCAGGCUUGAACCUUGUCGCCGCAUCCCAUGUUAUUCUUUUUGACCCGUUCUGGAACCCCUAUGUCGAGGACCAAGCGAUUGAUCGUGCGCACCGCAUCGGACAGACGAGGGAUGUCUUCGUUCACCGGUUGCUCAUUGAGGGGACGGUUGAAGACCGGAUCAUUGAGCUGCAGGAGAAGAAGCGUGAGCUCAUCGAGGGUGCGCUGGAUGAGGGUGGUAGUAUGAACGUCUCUCGACUUGGUACCAGGGAAUUGGCCUUUCUCUUUGGCGUUUCGAGCUAG